AUGGGAUCUUACGCUAAGUUUGUAUCUGAAUAUUGUAAAGCUUGGGAGAAAUCAGGCAAAGAACAGUUUAUUAAAUAUGUGACACAAACUAUCAGAGAUGAAGACAAAAGUCCACUUUUUUCUAAAUCUGGAAAGCUUUCGGGAUUAUCUCAAAAUCUAUAUGAUUUAAUGCUCUGUGGACUUCGUGGCAAUUUAAAGAAAGAUGCAGUUCUCUCAGUGCUUAGAGAUAUAUGUGUAUUGCAUGCAGAUAUACCAUCAAUUGUUUUAGAUGUAGUAUGUGUGCUAGAUGCUGAAACUUGUACAGAUAUUCAAAGUGAAGAACGCACAAACUUUUGUUAUAUUGUGAGAGAAUUAGAGUCUUUUAUGUCUGACAAAUUAUUAAAAGAAAGAUUAGAGAUCGACACACUUCAAGAUGUUGGUACUUUAAAGAACAAAAACUUUUAUACCAAAUUUAUCAAAAUCAAGACUAAGUUGUAUUAUAAACAACGUAAAUUUAAUUUGUUUAGAGAAGAGAGUGAAGGAUAUGCCAAGUUAAUUGUAGAGUUAAAUCAAGAAAUAAAUGAAGAUACAGAAUGGAAAACAAUAUUGGAAAUUAUGCAAUCUUUAAUAGGAUGCUUUAAUUUAGAUCCUAACAGAGUAUUAGAUAUAAUCCUGGAAUCUUUUGAAGCACGUCCACAAUUAGAAAAACUUUUUAUACCUCUUAUAAAAAACUAUAUGGGUGAUCCACAUGUGAUAUCGGAAGUGCUGGGUUUUAAGCUAGGAAACAUGGAGAUUUUGGAUACAUAUAAAGAACCCCCUCCUUUGAUGACUGUUAUAGCUCUGCUGUUACAACAUCAAGUUAUAUCUUUAGAUGAUAUCUAUCCAUGGUUACGACCUGAUGACAUGAUAAUGGCAAAAGAAGCUGAAAAAGAAGUAAAAGCAGCACAGGACUUUAUUCGUAAGCUUAAUAUUGUGUCAACAAAAGGACCUCAAGCAAAUGGACCCACCGAAUUUAUUGAAGAAAAAGCUGAUCCACAAGAAUAUUGGAAUAACCAGAAGCUAGUACUAGGUGAAGCACUUCUAAAAGUGAAUGCUUGGCGCGAAUUCGCAGCGCUGUCUGCCCGCUUACCAACCACACUAAUGGCACCUCGACCAGCCAUCGCCCUUUGUAGCAUGUUACAUGCCUUGGUUGAACCCUUAUAUAGAACGCAUUGCCGUGUGGCUCCCAAAAUUCUUGGAAAGAUUAUACCUCCUUUAACUUCACCAUUAGCUCCAAAGGUCUGUAAUUCAUUUGAAGAUAUAAAAGAAACAGUCAUUCCUGCUUUGAUUUUACUUGGACCAUCUCUUCAUCAUGAUCCUAUUUUAAUGUACAAAAUAAUCCGUAUACUUCGAACAUCACGAUCCAAACCAGAGGAUCCUUUACAUCACGAAGCAUUAACUGUUCUUGAUGCUGCAAUAUUACCAGCUCUUACACUAAUGGAGGGUAAUUGCUGUAUGGCUGAAGAAGUUUAUACAUUAUUGAAGUUAUACCCUUACCAAUGCAGGUAUUGUCUGUACUCACGUUGGAAGAAUGAAGCGGGUGAAAGAAUACCCUCGUUGAUGAGAGUGCGUGGAAACUCGUUGCAAAGAAUCAAACACAUUAUGAAACGAGUUUCUAAAGAAAAUAUAAAACCGCAAGGUCGCCAUAUCGGAAAACUAUCACAUGCCGCACCAGCAUUCCUAUUCGAUUACAUGCUUCUACAGAUACAAACAUACGAUAACCUAAUCGGUCCCGUGGUGGAGUCCCUCAAGUAUCUAACGUCAUUAUCGCUGGACGUGCUCGGGUACUGCCUGCUGGAGGCGUUGUGUGCGGGGCGCGGGGCGGUGGCGGGGGCGGGGGCGGCGCACCCUCCCUGGCUGCAAGCCCUCGCCGCCUUCGCCGGGGCCGCGUUCAAGAAGCAUAACAUUGAACUUACGGCUUUACUACAGUUCGUUGCCAACAGACUUAAAGCUCAACAAAGUCAAGAUCUAUUAAUUCUAAAAGAAAUUGUACAAAAGAUGGCUGGCAUUGAAGCUGCUGAAGAAAUGACAUCAGAACAGUUAGAUGCGAUGGCAGGAGGUGAAUUACUUAAAGGAGAGGCUGGAUACUUCUCUCAAGUUCGUAACACCAGAAGAUCUUCAGCUAGACUGAAAGAAGCCAUAGUUGGAAACAAUUUGGACAUAUCAUUAUGCAUAUUAGCUGCCCAGCAACGACAUUGUUGUGUUUGGAAAGAAUGUGAAGAAGAGAAGCCCACUUGUGGGGAACCUCCAGGAUCGCAACUAAAAGUAGUUGGUAGAUUAGCUGAUCAAUGCCAAGAUGCUUUAGUACAACUGGGUACGUUUUUAGCAUCAUCUCAUGCACCAGAUGAGUAUGCAGCUCGUUUGCCACCAUUACAGGAAUUAUUGCGCGAUUAUCACGUGGAUGCCGACGUGGCGUUUUUCUUACAUCGGCCGGUACUAACCCAAAAAAUAGCAGCCAAGGCCGAGUCCCUGCGUAAGGGUAUCGAUGCGAAAUCGGAUAAUUUAGAAAAAAGUAUUGAAAGAUACAUGUUGGCUUCAAAGGAAACACUGGAGCCAAUAUUAACAUCAGUUACGCCAAUGUUGCCAACAAGAGUAUGGGAGGAUAUUUCACCAGAAUUUUAUGUGACCUUUUGGUCCUUGUCAAUGUAUGAUCUUCGCGUGCCCGUCGAGAGUUACGAAAGAGAAAUAGAACGCCUAAAAACUGCAGCUGCCAAUGCCGCUAAAGAUACAUCUCAAGGCACAAAAGGCAAAAAGGAACAAGAGCGAUUCAAUACCCUCAUUGAGAAAUUACAGGAGGAACGGCGUCGUCAACAAGAGCACGUGUCCAGAGUGUCCGCUCGGUUACAACGCGAGUGCAGCGGUUGGUUCCCUGCCCGCGCUGCCAAGUCCGCCAAGAACGAGACCGUGACGCGACUCAUGCAACUGUGCUUGUUCCCCCGUUGCGUUUUCACCGCGGCAGACGCGCUUUACUGCGCCGAAUUUGUACAUACUGUACACUCGCUCAAGACACCUAACUUCUCUACGUUACUGUGCUACGAUAGGUUGUUCUGCGACAUCACAUACUCGGUGAUGUCUUGCACGGAGGGUGAAGCGGCCAGAUACGGCACGUUCCUUUGCAAAGUGUUGGGGACGGCGAUGCGUUGGCACGGCGACAAGGCGGCGUUCCAUCGCGAGUGCGCCCACUAUCCUGGCUUCGUUACCAAAUACCGCGUCUCCAACCAGUUUACUGAAGCGAACGAUCACGUCGGCUACGAGAAUUACAGGCAUGUGUGCCACAAAUGGCAUUACAAGAUAACUAAAGCAAUGGUGGUGUGUUUGGAUUCUGGGGACUAUGUGCAGAUCCGUAACGCACUGAUUGUGUUGAUACGGGUACUGCCGCACUUCCCUGUCCUAGAAAAACUGGCACAGAUCAUUGAAAGAAAAAUUGAAAAGGUCAAAGAAGAAGAAAAGGCGCAGAGGCAAGAUUUAUAUAUACUUGCGACAGGAUACAGUGGUCAAUUACGAAACAAAGUUUCUAGCAUGAUGAGAGAAAGUGACUUCCAUCAGGUUGGCGACAAACAUAAAGUGGUGAGUGCGGCAAAUGCUGCACCAUCAGCACCACCCAAAGAAGAACCAGUUUUAACUAAACAGGAACAAGAUUCAACAUCUCCACAACAAACACCCGAAGCCGACAAACGUGAAUCUCGGAAUAAUGAAAGACGUAAGGAGGAGGUAGAACGUGAUAAAGAAACAAAACGUGAAUCACGAUCAGCCGUCAAGGAGCGCAACAAGGAUGAAAUUCGGGGUAAAGAAAGAUCACCAAGAGACAGAAGCCACAGGGAGGAACGAUAUUUGGAAACUGUUUCACCUCCACAUGACCAUCGUCAUCCAUCCGACGACGUAGAACGAGACGUGAAGCGUCGUAAAGUCGAAACCGGCAGCAAUGGCAAGGGUAACAAAGAGAUAGAGGAACGUUCGCCUGAAAAAGAAAAACGAAAAGCUAAAGUCAGAGAUGAGCGUAAAGAGCGUAAGAUGAACCGAAAGAGGGACCGUACUGAAGAAACUGCCAUAUUAGAACAGAAACGGCGACGAGACGAACAGAAAGUUGUUGUCAAAAUGGGAAGUCAUCAAAAUGGUUCACAAGAAGACCAUCACUACGAGAAGUACCACAAGAGGGAGAAGUCGCCGUUUCGGGAUCGGUCACAUGAAGAACCACGUGAUAAACAUCGACGGUCGAACGAGUCGAAAAUGAGAAGAUGA